CUUCGCUUCCGUAUUUCACAGCUGUGUCAGUCGUUGCAUCUCUAUUGAGAACAUUACUUUGAGCUUCCAUCCGGCAAGAAAAGGACGCUGUGAAUAUGCAGCUUCUCGUAUCAUCAGAGCCCUGUUGCAAAAGCAGAUUCAACGCAGAACCCUUGUAUUAUCCGAACAGGGUCUUUCCAACCCAGCCCCCUUCGGUCUCCGAGGGCUGAGAGCCUAGAGUGUUUCGAUAGCAAAUUGUUAUACGAGAAGAUGUUGAAGCAAGUCUUCAAAGAUGAGGGGCGAUGAGCCUGAAGCGUUCCAUUUCUUCCCUAAAAAUUAGGACUUCUGUUAGCGUUCUUUAUUGGCUAGCCGAAGGGAAGGUGCUGAACAUAAAAGCAUCGCUGAAGCCGCCUUAGAGAUGCCUUAUUUCCUUGCUCAGCAUCAACAAAAGAUCAAAACAUCGGGAAUCAGACAUAGACGCUCCAUUUUGCGUUUCCUUUUUCUUUUCCAAUUUCCACCCUCUUUUUCUCGGUUCUCCGAUUGAUUUUCUUUUUCUUCCAUCUUCCACUUCAAUUGAACACCCCACCAAAAUGGGGCACGAUAGCGCCCUCCCGGCCACGAGGCCAGGGCUCUGGGAAGCUCUUUUAGGCCAACGAUCUUCCAAUCGAAAGCUAUUAAUGCUGAUUCGUUUCGCCGUCCUCGCCCUGAUUGUCUGUUACCACCAGUCAUUCAUCCAGCCAGCCGAAGCCAUCAAAUUCGUCACCCGAAAACAAUGGGGAGCCAGGCCCGCGAAGUCCUCGAUGACACCAGCCACUAGGAACAAAGGUGUCAAGAUCCAUUACACCGGCGGGUAUAUGGCCAAAGGCGGUCACUCCAAAUGCGCAGGAAAGUUGAGAAGCAUCCAACGCCAACACCUCAACCACCCAACAGAGGGUUAUAGUGACAUUGCAUACACUCUUGCUGUCUGCCAGCACGGCUAUGUCUUCGAGGCUCGCGGCGCCAAAUGGCGCACUGGUGCCAAUGGCAGCGGAAGGCUCAACAAAAACCAUCAAUCAGUUCUCGGAUUAGUUGGUUCCAAGGGUGACACUAAACCCUCGAAGCAAAUGAUCAAGGGUAUCAAGGAUGCUGUUAAGUACUUGCGCAAGAAAGGUUGCGGGAAGGAAGUUAAAGGCCAUCGUGAUGGAUACGCGACCUCAUGUCCGGGUGGCCCACUUUACAAACUCGUCAAGAAUGGCAAGCUUAAUCCUUCGAAGGGUGCAAGUAAGCCGAAGUCGAAGCCCAAGACACCCAGGGAGCCAGGUACGACGGCAGUCAAGUUCCCCGGCUCUGAUUGGUUCCACCGGAAGCCAAAUAGUGAAAUCAUCACGGCGAUGGGUAAGCGACUGGUUGCAGUGGGAUGCAGCGCGUACAAGGAAGGCCCAGGGCCUCAGUGGACUGAUGCGGAUCGCGCAUCGUACAAGAAGUGGCAGAAUAAGCUAGGAUAUCGGGGCAGGGAUGCUGAUGGGUGGCCCGGGAAGACAAGUUGGGAUAAGCUGAAGGUUCGGGUCUAAAGGGGCAGUUGAAGCACCGAUGGGAUGGGCAUGCGCCAGGUUUUCUCAAGGUAGAUUGCGAGGCGAGCCUUUGGGUUGGAGAUAUUUCGACUUCAGAUGUUUCUUGCACAUUCCACACACUGACAUGUUUCUUCUCUUAUUCGCCUAUUUCCCCUAUUCCACCUUUUCCAAUAAUCCUCCCUUUUUCUCUUUCGUACCGUUCGUAUACUAUUGCAUAUAGUAUUUCAUUCCUGUACUCUAGGAAUUUCCAUUCCCACUUCAAGUUCGUCAGAAAUGAGGUCAUCAUCAAUAGAAUGUACUUCCCUAGAUUUCCGUUCUUCAAUCCCCUUCUCCGGGGUACUAGUUAUCAGAUGUACUGUCGAAUUAGGUCCCCUUUCACAAAAAGCCAGAAGCCAGACACAACAAUCUCAUGCCAACUCAACAUCUAGCCUGAAGGCGAAUUCACGCUGCCUACCUGAUGUGUAUUCCACAGGAGAAGAAAUAUUCCUUAUGAACAUGCUACGAUUCAGCUUCCUGUUCUGCGCGCCGAAAACUCCGUAUCGUUG